AAUCUUGUCUCUUAUUUUAAGUAACUUAGUGAUUUUAAGAUUGGUGCUUUUCACGUAUGAAUCAACAGUAUAAAAUUAGAGGCAUAGAUAAAAAAAUUAAAAAUAAAGAAAAAUAGAAAAUGGGGAAUGGUGUGCCCAGUUUAAAUGGCUUGACAUUUUGGUAUUGUUUGUAUCAACAGGUUUGUUGUUGUCGUCAUUGUUGUUGUUGCCUUGUUUAGGUCUAUAAAAUACAUACUUUCUAGAGGUUUUCUCCUAGAAGUGAUGAUGUAUUCAUUGUGACUCUGGUUGUAUGUUGCCUCGAAUACUUAGGAUACUGGUGAAAGCAAGAAAAACAAUAAAAACGUAUGGAUCUGCUCCCUUUAUUAAUGGAACUGAUGGAGUCAAAUUUGGAUAUUGGUCAGAAAACUGUCUUGAAAUGAAAAGGCUGGGUGGUACUUUUUGUGGAUACUUUUCUUCCUGGCUCUUGUUCAGGAGAAUAGCUUAUGGCAGAAGGAAAAAAAAAAAAAAGGGAAUCUGGGCCCUAUAAUAAAUAGAGUCCUAUGCACCUGCCGUUUUCCAGCCCUAAUUAAAGUUUCUACAGUCCAGCUGCUAGUUUUACAAAUAAAGAUAAGACCCAUAGGUAAUUUGUUGAGGUUACUUGGCUAAUCAAAAAUGAGCUAAAGGUCCAAUGAAGAAGACUUUGAGGUUUAGAAUGAUAAAGAUGAAUUUUCAUUUUCAAAAAUGAAAAGAGUUAUUUAACUUUUGAUUAAGCUUUAUUCUUCUUAUUUGUAAAUGACACAUCAAAAACUUGCAUAUCCUGUUAAGGACUAAAUGACACAAAUUACAUUAAGGUUUUGUGAAUAUAAUAUCAUGUGUAACUGUUGCUUGUAUAAGGGAUCAUUUUUGUGUUUUUAUCCACUUCACUAUUCUAGCUCUCAUUUUAUGUCUAGUUCAAUAUAAACAUAAAAGGAUCUUUGACAGCCUCACUACAAUGCACUAAAGGAAAAGAAAUUCAAAUCCAGAUCUUGAUCUCUCCAGGUCCUGAUCUCUCACUUCUACAGUUUAAAGUAUAUUCUAAAACAUGAGACUCUAUCCUCAAAAAAUUGUGUGCCAUGGUUAACAAUUCAUAUUUAAAUACUUUCAAAUAUUCUCAAAAUAUGUGUUACCCUCCUCUUUUUAGUUUUAAAUUUUAUGUUAGGUAUGUGGUCUUACUUCCUUGGGAGGUAAGUAUAUUGGAUAUUGCUGAAUUUAUUUGGUCCAAUAAUUAAUAUAGGAGAAGUGAAAGUUUAGGUACAAUAUUCUAUUCUUAACUGCUGGGGUUCAUUAUAAUCCUGGACUCAGGUAAGAGGUACUGUGAGCCCCUUCUUUCCCAUCGAUGUGUUUGAAAAUUAUAAAACCUGAAAUUGGGUAUAGGCUCAGGAAAAGGGACCUAUAGACCCCAGAUGAUAUAGGCAGGCCCCAGAACCUGCUGCUGUCCAUAAGUCUCCACUAGAGAUCAGAAGGUAGAACCAAACAAGCACCUAGGAACUGGGCAUUCUGUCUUACAACCUCCUGUGGGAAAGGGUCUGUAGGGUAGUUGAUUUUGCCCAGGUAGGAUGAAGCACUCUGGAAAUGAAAACAACCUUACUUAGAGAGGAAGUAUCCUAAUAUGCCUCAGCCCUAGAUCUCAUUAUGACAGGAUCUACACCACAACCAGAGUACUCAGAGACUGACUGACAACCCUAUAUCUACCAAGACUCUGUCUUGAAAGCUUAUGGUGGAGGCAUUAGUAUAAAAAGGACGUUCUUGAUUUCUGGGAGUCUGGUCCUACCAUUUUCAAUAACCAACAUCAUUUGGUCAGUUGUGAGAGGACAUCUGUAAGCUCCACCCAUGCUGACUAACUAUCAGCAAGGCAGUCACCCAUCAUAUGAACUUAUACAGACAAAUCUCAUUUUUCCUGGAGUUGGUCCCUUUCUCUUCUAUUAGUGUUGGCUAACCAAGGCCAGGCAAGUAAGCCCUCACCUCCACAAUGCUGCAAGAGGAAACCUUUAAGGCUAAAGAGAACGUUUUCAUGUGAGGGCUUGUAGGGAUGUUUUUCAUCUGGUCAGCAUCUCUUGACCCAACUGGGAUCAUGAUUUCCAUUUAUUUGUUCAUUCAUUUCUAUUUAUAAAUCAGGCUUAUUCUAGUUGUACUCCAUGCUGAUGGGAGAUCUCUCCUCUGUCUGGCAAACAGUUAUCCGUGUUGUAUAUGCAGUAUUUCUGACUGAAUUGACUCAACUUAUUGCUAGCUGAGGAUAACCACUCUGUGGACAGCUUUUAUUGUAUGCCAGCUAGGUGCCAGACUGACUAUCAGCAUUAAACAAAAUCUCCGCCUCACCCCCUAACUGCUCCCCACUGCCCAGGCCAGAGAAAUUAUGACUUUUAAAAGUCUGAGAUUAAGACAGAGCAUUUGGUUUUAAACUAGAAUCAGAAGAUGCUGAUUUAGGGGCCAUAGUUCCUGAUUGAAUAUAUAGUACUGAGUAGAAUAUUUCUUCCCUUCUACUUCAAAUGCCAGAGUGAGGCUCCUGAUCCACCAGUCUCUGAUUCUUGGAGUUCUCCCAGAGGUUGCAGGGUCCAAGCACCUGAUUACAGGCUAGAACUUUGGUUCUGGUCCAUAUUAGUCUCACUCUAACAUGUUUCAAAGUUGCUGUCCAAUUUGAAAAGGGAUUGGGUAUCUUUGUGCUAGAUUCUACAUUUGAAAAGCUGGAAUAGUUUUGGGGUGGGAGUAGAUCCUGGAAAUGCAGACCAACUCUUGCAGAGUGAUCAGGAGCAGAGGCAAGUAGCCAAUUCUAAGAGGCCUCCAGCGUUCCAGUGAAUGUACCAGUUGGGGAAUUUUUUUUUUUUUUUUAAUUUUGCGUUUCACAGAUCUGGUCACAUCUAAAACCAUAGCCCAAAAGUUCUCAGGAUUGCUGAUAACUAUAGAAGUUACAUGCAUAACAAUCUCUCCUUUGUAGUACUCUAGCAAGGGCAAGAAUUCAUUCUUCCUUCCUGAGCUCUUAAAUGGCCUCUGGCCAGUUUCUUCUGGUCAAGGGUCUGACUGACUAGGGUCACAAGAACAAUUAGUUUUGUAAAGAUUCUGGCCUUUCCCCAACAUGCUUGUUUUGGUGGGCUGGACAGGCACAGCUUGGAAGUUAUUGUUGUAUCCAUAGAAAUAAGUGAACCAUGCUUGUGAACCAUGAGGUUGCCAUAGAGAAGCUCAAGUGAGCAUACUUAAAACCAGGGCAGCUUUCCUUCAUGUUCCUGGAAGCCUUCCCCCUCUCCAUUGCUAGUCAUAAUGGCUCAGCCUGGUGAAACUCCAUCUUACACAGUGACUUACUGUCCUGCAUCUCCUCAGGGCUUUCAAAUGUCCACUGAGCUUACCUUGGGCUGAUUCAGGUACAAAUUUGGAAAUGGCGUCCCCAGAACCAAAGGGCCUUGUCCCCUUCACCAGGGAGUCUCUUGAACUUAUGAAACAGCAUAUUGCUAAAAAACACAAUGAGGAACAAAGAGAAGAUUUAAAGCCAAACACUGACUUGGAAGUUGGAAAAGAGCUUCCAUUUGUUUAUGGGAAUCUUCCUCAAGGAAUGGUGUCGGAGCCUUUGGAAGAUGUGGACCCCUACUACAAGAAUAAAAAUACUUUCAUAGUAUUAAAUAAAAAAAGAACAAUCUUCAGAUUCAGUGCCACUUGGUGUACAUUUUCUCCUUUCAGUUUAACUAGAAGAACGACUAUUAAGAUUUUGGUUCAUCCCUUUUUCCGACUGUUCAUAUUAAUUAGUGUCCUGAUUGACUGCAUAUUUAUGCCCAUGACUGAGUUGCCAAAAUGGGGCCCAGCAUUACAGAAUACUUUGCUUGGAAUUUACACAUUUGAAAUACUUAUAAAACUCAUUGCAAGAGGCAUCUGGGUAGAACCUUUUUAUUUCUUUGGUGAUCCAUGGAACUGGCUCGAUUUCAGUGUAACUUUGUUUGAGCAUGUAACAAGGUACUUACCUUUAAACUUCAUUCCAAUAUUUCGAAUUACAAGAAAUUUGAGAAUUUUGAAAAUUAUUCCUUUAAACCAAGGUCUGAAGUCUUUUGUACGGAUCCUGACCCACUGCUUGAAGAAACUUACUGGUGUCAUUAUCCUAACUCUGUUUUUUCUGAGUGUAUUUUCUCUGAUUGGCAUGGGGCUCUUCAUGGGCAAUCUGAAGCAUAAGUGUUUGCGAUGGCCCCAAGAAAAUGAAACUGUAACCCUGCACAACAGAACUGAAAAUCCAUAUUAUAUUCGAGAAACAGAAAAUUUUUAUUAUUUGGAAGGAGAAAUAUAUGCUCUUCUUUGUGGCAACAGAACAGAUGCUGGUCAGUGUCCUGAAGGAUAUGUGUGUGUGAAAGCUGGCACAAAUCCUGAUUAUGGCUUCACAAAUUUUGACAGUUUUGGCUGGGCAUUACUUGCCCUGUUUCGGUUAAUGACGCAAGAUUACCCUGAAGCACUUUACCACCAGAUCCUGUAUGCUUCUGGGAAGGUCUACAUGAUAUUUUUUGUUGUGAUAAGCUUUUGGUUUGCUUUUUACAUAGCAAGUUUAUUCUUGGGCAUACUUGCUAUGUCCUGUGAAGAAGAAAAGCAGAAAGCUGCUGAAAAAGCUGAGAAGACUGAGCCACAAUUUCAGCAGACUUUAAAAGAACUUCAAGAAGGAGACAAAGCAGCCGAGACCAAGACCACACAAAUAGAAAUGAAGAAAAGAUCACCAACUUCUAUGAUCACUUCUUUUAAUAUGUUGGAUGAUUCUACUGCUACUGUGAGACAUGAAGAAGAACUUAAAAAAUCCAGGAAGAGACGCCCAUUGUGUUUGUAUAGAUUUGCUAAAACUUUAUUGAUCUGGAAUUGUUCUCCCUGUUGGUUAAAAUUGAAAGCGUUUAUCCACAUGAUUAUAAUGGACCCAUUUACUGAUCUUGUCCUUACCAUAUGCAUAAUUCUAAAUGUGUGUUUUUUGGCCUUGGAAUGUUAUCCAAUGAGAGAAGAAACCACCAGUGUUCUCAGCAUUGGAAACCUGAUUUUUAUUGGAAUUUUCACAGCAGAAAUGAUUUUGAAAAUAAUUGCAAUGCAUCCAUAUGGGUAUUUUCAAGUAGGUUGGAACAUUUUUGAUAGCCUGAUUGUGUUCCAUGGUUUAGCAGAACUUUAUCUAGCCAAUGUUUCUGGAAUGGCUUUUUUAAAAAUAUUCAGAGUGUUGAGAAUUUUCAAGCUGGGAAAAUACUGGCCGACAUUUAGGAUUCUGAUGUUGAUUCUGAGUAACUCAUUGGUGGCCCUGAAAGGCUUGGUGCUGUUGUUGUUCACAUUCAUGUUCUUUUCUGCUGUGGUUGGCCUGAAACUGUUCGGUAGGAGUUACAAAGAAUGUGUCUGCAACAUAGACAAAGACUGUCAACUCCCACACUGGCACAUGCAUGACUUCUUCCACUCCUUCCUGAAUGUGCUCCGAAUUCUCUGUGGAGAGUGGAUAGAGACUUUAUGGGAUUGCCUUAAGGUUGCAGGCCAAUUUGGUUGCCUUCCUUUUUACAUGAUGGUCAUUUUAAUUGGAAACUUAUUGAUAAUUUACCUGUUUCUGGCAUUGGUGAGCUCCUUUAGUUCAUACAAGGCUCCAACAACUGAAGAGAAUGGUGAAGAACAAAAUCUCCAGCGUGCAAUGGCAAGGAUUAAGAAAGGAAUAAACUACGUGUUUCCUAAAAUAUCAUGCAAAAAACAAAACAUUUCAAAGGAGACAAUGGACAAUGUAAACAAUGUGUAUGUUAGAGAGAAUAUUUCUGACCCUACCCUUUCUGAUGUAAGCAAUACCCAAGAUUUCUUCAAGGAUAAGGAAAAAAGCAGUGGCACAGAGAAAAACACAAUGACUGAAAAUGAGAGUCAAUCACUUAUACCCAGUCCUAGUGUCUCAGAAACUGUACCAAUUGCUUCAGGAGAAUCUGAUAUAGAAAAUCUGGAUAAUAAGGAGAUUCAGAGCAAGUCAGGUGAUGGGAGCAGCAAAGAGAAGGUAAAGCAAUCUAGCUCGUCUGAAUGCAGCACAGUGGAUAUUGCUAUCUCCGAAGAAGAAACCGUCUGUGAACAUGAAAAGCCAAAGCAGCUUAAAAAUGGCUAUAGACGAAGAUCUUCACCUGGCCAAAUUAGUGGUGAAUCCAAGAAAGGAAGAAUUUGGCAGAACAUAAGGAAAACCUGCCGCAAGAUAGUGGAAAAUGGUUGUUUUAAGUGUUUCAUUGGCCUUGUCACUCUGCUCAGCACAGGUGCUCUGGCUUUUGAAGAUAUAUAUAUCGAUCAGAGAAAGACUAUUAAAAUCUUAUUAGAAUAUGCUGACAUGAUCUUCACUUACAUCUUCAUUCUGGAAAUGCUUCUAAAGUGGAUGGCAUAUGGUUUUAAAGCCUAUUUCACUGAUAGCUGGUAUAAGCUAGACUUCAUGGUUGUCAUUGUGUUUUGUCUUAGCUUAAUAGGCAAAUCUCGGGAAGAAUUCAAACCACUAAUUUCUGUUAAAUUCCUCCGGGCACUCAGAGUUCUAUCUCAAUUUGAAAGAAUGAAGGUGGUUGUGAGAGCUUUGAUAAAAACAACUUUACCUGCUUUGAAUGUGUUUCUGGUCUGCUUAAUGAUCUGGCUGGCUUUUAGCAUCAUAGGAGUGUACUUAUUUGCUGGCACGUUCUAUGAAUGCAUUGACCCAACAAGUGGAGAAAGGUUUCCUGUAUCUGAAGUCAUGAAUAAGAGUCAGUGUGAAAGCCUUGUGUUUAAUGAAUCCAUGCAAUGGGAGAAUGCAAAACUGAACUUUGAUAAUGUUGGAAAUGGUUUCCUUUCACUGCUUCAAGUAGCAACAUUUAAUGGAUGGAUCACCAUUAUGAAUUCAGCGGUUGAUUCUACUGGUGUAAAUAAGCAACCUAAUUUUGAAGACAACAUCUACAUGUCUUGUUACUUUAUCAGCUUUAUUGUUAUUGGAUUAUUUCUUCCUUUGAGUAUGCUGAUCGGUGUUAUUAUUGCUAAUUUCAACAAGCAUAAAAUAAAGCAGGGAGGCUCAAAUAUCUUUAUAACAGUGAAACAGAAGAGACAAUACCAUGCACUGAGGGGGCUGUUGCAUGAGGACUCUCAAAAAAUAAUACGUCGCCCAAGAAACAAGUUCCAAAGAUUCAUGUUUGACUUGGUAACAAGCCAAGUUUUUAAUGUCUUCAUUAUGGUUCUUAUCUGUUUCCAAGCAAUCACCAUUAUGAUACAAAGUGAUGAACAGAGUUCAGAAAUGGACACUGCUCUCUACUGGAUUACCUUAUUUCUUGUUAUGGUAUACACGGGAGAAUGUGUACUGAAGCUCAUCUCUUUUCGUUGUAACUAUUUCACCAUGGGAUGGAACAUUUUUGAUUUUAUGGUGGUUAUUUUCUCUAUUACAGGACUAUUUCUGCCUCUGAUGGUAGGAUACUACCUUGUGCCUCCUUCUGUUGUGCAACUGAUACUACUCUCACGGAUCAUCCACAUCCUACGUCCUGGGAAAGGACCAAAGGUGUUCCGUGACCUGCUGCUUCCUUUGAUGCUAUCUUUCCCAGCAUUGUUGAACAUCAGUCUUCUCAUCUUUCUGGUCAUGUUCGUCUACGCCAUCUUCGGAAUGUACAAUUUUGCCUAUGUUAAAAAGGAAUUUGGAAUUAAUGACGUGGCCAACUUUGAAACCUUUGGCAGCAGUAUGCUCUGUCUUUUCCAAGUUACAAUAUUUGCUGGCUGGGAUGGGAUGCUCAAUGCAAUUUUCAACAGUAAAUGGUCAGACUGUGAUCCUGAUAAAAUUAACCCUGGGACUCAGGUUAGAGGAGAUUGUGGUAAUCCCUUUGUUGGGAUUAUUUAUUUUGUCAGUUACAUCUUCAUAUCAUGGAUGAUCAUUGUAAACAUGUACAUUAUUGCUGUCAUGGAAUUUUUAAAUAUUGCUUCUAAGAAAAAAGCCAAGACAUUAAGUGAAGAUGAUUUUAAGAAAUUCUUUCAGGUAUGGAAGAGGUUUGACCCUGAUAGGACCCAGUACAUAGACUCUAGCAAGCUUUCAGAUCUUGCAGCUGCUCUUGACCCUCCUCUUUUUAUGGCAAAACCAAACAAGGGCCAGCUCGUUGCCAUGGAUCUUCCCAUGGCUGCUGGGGACAGAAUUCAUUGCCUUGACAUCUUACUUGCUUUAACUAAACGAGUUAUGGGUACAGAUGUGAGGAUGGAGAAAGUUAUUUCAGAGAUGGAAUCAGGGUUUGCAUUAGCCAACCCUUUUAAGAUCAUGUAUGAACCAAUUACAACUACUCUGAAACGAAAACAAGAGGCAGUCUCAGCAACCAUAAUUCAGCGUGCUUAUAAAAAUUACCGCUUGAGGCGAAAUGACAAAAAUACAUCAGACAUUCAUAUGAUAGAUGAUGACAAGGAAGUUCAAGCUACCACAGAAAAUGCUUAUUUUGACAAAGCUGAAGAAAAGUUAACUAUUCAAAGCCAAAUCUAAUACCACUUGCCCCCUUUUUUCACCUUUUUCACAUAUUCUAAAAAUGUUAGAAGUUUGAAUCAUAAAUAAAAAUGAAGAUCAGAGAAGUAAAGAUUUUACUUAAUAAUCAAUUGUUUACAACCCAUGGAAGUUAAGCUUGUGCUCACAAAACUCCAUGUCAAAUUGACUUUCACCUUUGUAUACUGAGUCUAACCAAGAUAAGCCCUUAGAAUCAUUUUAGUGAGUUAAAUGGGUUAAAUUUGCCAUUUGAUAAUCCAGUGCUUGUUUUCUCUAUCUGGCUUUUAUGGUGUGUGUUUCAUCUAGAGGACUGAGGAGGUGAUGGUAGAGAUGAGUAGCUUUCUUGUAUACUUUAUGUCUACUUUAACUUGAUGGGAUUCAAAUCAUCAUUAAGAGGACUUAGUUACAAAUAAACAAUUACUUUCUUAAUGUCGGGUAGUGUUAAUAAAAACACAGUGCUGCAAGCUGUUAAAUCAUAAACUUGCCAGACAGAUGUCAACUGGGGAAGAGAAAGGACAGGUCUUAGAAAGUGCCUUUGAGAUCAACCACAGAUAGUCUUGGGCUGAUUCAAGCCACUUUGGUUAACUGGAGCCUUGGUUUUUGUUUUCGUUUUUGUUUUUGUUUUUGUUUUUGUUUUUGUUUUUGUUUUUGUUUUUGUUUUCUUUCUUUCUUUCUUUCUUUCUUUCUUUCUUUCUUUCUUUCAUUCUUUAUUUCUUUCGGUACUAGGAAUUAAUAUUGCUUAAUUGUUUUUGGAUGCCUGGUUUUUCAUCUUCUUGGCUACUUCUACCUAAGCUCUAGUUCUUCAACAGAAUGGAUUCAUAGAAUAAGAAGUGCAAAGGGAACUAUAGUUAUGGCCUACAUUUUUCUCAUUUUUUUCUCAUUUAUGCUUUUUUAAAAAGUAUACAUUUACUAAAACAAUACGAUAUAGAAACUGUUAGUAGAUUCAUAUCUAUCAUAACACUGAUGUAUUUUUACCAUUUAGCCCUAAUGCAACAUUGAGUAGUAAGAGCUGGCAAAUGAAAGUCAUAAUAUGAAUUCGAAGAGUUGGGGUUACCAUUAUGUGUAAGGAUUUUUGCAGUGUCUUGAUCUUUAAUUGGGAAACUGUGGCCACUUUGAAAUACUUUUCACUGACUUUAUGGUUCUCUAUAACUUAGAGAAAGACAGCGAUCACUGAAACUGUGAGGACUCUGAAUAGAUUAAAGUGUAAGUUUGUUGUUGGUGGUGUUGUAUAACAUUAGCGUAUGCAGAUUCGUUGUUACUUUGUCAUUUAUCUUUCCAAGUUUUUUUUUUUUGCUGUUUUUAAUCUUAUCACACAUUCUGUAAAAUGUUUUUAUAUUUGAAAAGCUUGAAAAUCCUAAGUAUUAAUUUCCACAGUUGAAAUUAUCUUUAAAAGAUAGACACAAACAGUUGGUCUUUGACAUAAUCAUAAAAAUGCAGCCACUCAUAUCCAUGUAGUUCAAGAUUCUGAUAUUUGUUCCAUUUGUAUUAAGAUUGAUUACAGUGUACCCACAAAAUCCCAAAGGAUUCAGAAAGAAAAUAUGCAUACUGUUGAUGUAAGUGACAAACUUUAAAUAUGUUGUAUGACAUUCAAUAUCACUUAAAUAUCAGUAAUUGUAUUUUAUUAUGAAUGCAUGAUCUUGAGCCUUAACUUUAUAAUCUAUUUCUGCUCCUCAGAAAUGUAUUAACUUGACCAAGAUGCCUUUGGAGGAACCCCUAAGUAAAUGUAAUUUCAGGGUUCUCUUUCUUUCUAGAAGUGUUCCUUCCCUUUGUCCUCUGCUCUUCAUCAUCGGAUGGUGACUAGUGAGGAAUUAGCAUUAACUUGGUGACAUGGUGACAGCUGGUGCUUUAUCUAAAUUUCUUAGUUUUCUAUUUCUUGGAAAUGCUUUAUGUAAAAACUGCUUCAGAUAUUUAAGCUGAAUAUUAAUUUGCUUCUGUAAAUGCAAGACCAUUAAUUGAUUUUGGUUUGAAAAUUAGAUCUUUUACUUGUAAACCAUGUUUGCUACUAACCUUCCAAAAAUUGUGUAAAGAAUUAUUUUUUAAAUAAGUCUUACAAUAUAUUCUACUUUUUAGAUAAUAUACAAAAUAAUAAAUACAACAUGUUAACCACA